AUGAAGAGCGCCCUCCCCGGGGAGGAGGAGAGCCUCCCAGCAUAUGCGCCAUAUAAAUGUCAAACGGAGGUAAAUAUUCUACAGUACCCAGCAUCCUUUGAGUAUAGAAAUGACGACAUCCCCAGCCAUGAAGAACGGCACAGAGUCAAAAUGGAGCUGGAAGACACCAAUACCUUCAGAGAAAGCAGUAAAACCUUCAGAGAAAGCAGCAACACCUUCAGAGAAAGCAGCAAUCCCUCUAGAGAAAGCAGCAACACCUUCAGAGAAAGCAGCAAAACCUUCAGAGGAAGCAGCAAUCCCUUCAGAGAAAGCAGCAAAACCUUCAGAGAAAGCAGCAAUCCCUCUAGAGAAAGCAGCAGUGCCUUCAGAGGAAGCAGCAACACCUUCAGAGAAAGCAGCAACACCUUCAGAGAAAGCAGCAAAAUCUUCAGAGAAAGCAGCAAACCCUUCAGAGAAAGCAGCAAAUACUUCAGAGAAAGCAGCAACAUCUUCAGAGAAAGUAGCAAAACCUUUAGAGAAAGCAGCAACACCUUCAGAGAAAGCAGCAAAACCUUCAGAGAAAGCAGCAAAUCCUUCAGAGAAAGCAGCAAACCCUUCAGAGAAAAAGCAGCAAACCCUUCAGAGAAAGCAGCAAAACCUUCAGAGAGAAAGCAGCAAAACCUUCAUAGAGAAACCAUCAAUACCUUCAGACGAAAGCAGGAAAAACCUUCAGAGAAAGCUUCUUCCUCCUCCUCCUCCUCCUCCUCCUCCUCCUCCUCCUCUUCUUCUUCUUCUUCUCCUUCUCCUUCUUCUUCCCCACACGUAAUUCCCCUGGAGGCAAUCAUAGCACUUCCUUUAUCGACUCCGCCAUCAUCCCUCCAUCAUGAUUGA